UCCUGCGCUCCCAUUUGUGCGGGACGCGCCGCCCUGCUGCUGCUGCUGCUGCUGCUGCAGAGAAGUGACAGACAGCCACACCGGGACCUUCUCUAGGAACAAAGGAAACGUUGCAUCAAAUGAAAUGCAUCAUAGCACAAAAACAAAGCUUGUAGAUUAGCUUGAAUACAUCUAGUUGUUUUGCACCUACGCUUGAAACAACCUUUAAUCAUGUCAAAGGAUGAAGCUUGCAAAGUGACGUCUGCCGGCAAACACAAGGAGCGAAAACCGAAGAAGCCGCACUACAUCCCCCGACCAUGGGGCAAACCCUACAACUAUAAAUGCUUUCAGUGUCCCUUCACCUGCAUGGAGAAAUCUCACCUGUACAACCACAUGAAGUACAGUCUCUGCAAGAACUCAUUGUCUCUACUCAUAGAGUCGGACUGGCCGUACAAGAAGGGUAACAUCCUGCAUCCAGACCAGCUGCGACCCUUCCAGCAAGCGCACGGCCUGCAUGCUGCAGGGAAAGACGAACUAGAGCAGGUAAUAUGCAGCGUGGAGAAGCAGGGGCUACGAAGGUCUGAGGAGGAGGACAGUGAGGGCAGAGAAACUCAGGGAGCAGAGGAUGAUGAAGAGGGAGGGCGAGAGGAGCAAGCAGAAAUUCCUGGAAUGGCCAAAGAAAGUUCCAACAACAGCAGAGGAGAGUCUCCGGAGGCUGCAAACAAAAGGAGCAAACAGCCAGAGUCAGAGCUGCUGAUGGCUGACAUGCUUUCUCUUGAAGAUCAGCUGUUACGAGUCCGCUCUGCAGAGGUAGAGGCCCAGCUGAGGCACUACAAGCUGCCAAAAACAUGUCUAGCCAGUCCUGGGCUCCUGUCUGAGCAGUGGCGGCUGUUUGCGUCCAGUCACACAAAAGCUAAAGCAGAGGGUGCUCGGCCGCGAGUGAACGGUUCAAUCCCCUGUUACCCUCCUCCACCCAACCUGGUGGACUUUCAGGAUCCCACCGGACUCAACUUGUCAGUGCUGGGAGUAGGUUAUCCCCUCAGCCCAAGCUUGUUCUCCUACAUGAACUCAGCCAUUCCGACUGCAGCUCCCGAUGUCGCCGCUCAGACCCACGCACAGUUCGCCCAGCUUCCCUUCCUGGCAUCGGCUGCUCAGCUGAUGCACCCAGCAUCCAGCACUCAUCCAGACAGAGCUCUCAUCCCCCCUCGCCUCUACUACCCCUUUCUGUGUGAGCACAGUUUUGGACCAGCGAGCGCUCAGAGUGAUGCCGGCAAAUCUUUAAAGACCCCAUCAAGCAGUCUAGAUGCAAGUCUUUUGUCUGGCUUCCAGUCUAAAGUCGGUGUGUGGAAAGUUCCUACUCUGAGGCCAGGAAACACCGCGUCCCCCACUGGCUGGGUGUCACCUCAGAGACACUCACCCGACCAGGGCAGCACAGUGGGAGAUAAGAUACAAGCGACAGCCAAGGAAGGCAAAGCAACUUGUGGUCUCAAGAGGACAGGAGGUCCCCUGAGAGGCCAUGAAGCACCUGCAGAGAAGAAGCAAGAAAUGGCCUUCACUUUGGACCUUUUGAGGAACCUUCAGACAGCAUCAGCUGACGAAACUCUCCUACAAACCAGCUUACAAGAUGCUCAGCUUCAGACCCGGCCAAGUGACCACUGGUACAAACCUCUCAUCAGUCCAAACAGUGAAGCGGUCUGUUUGUCAGCUGGUGCUGGAACCAACAGCCAAGACCUGGCUGCCUCCAGAGCGAUCGAAGAGGGUGCUUCAGAAUCGGUGGCGGCUCUCCUCACUGAUCUCUCCAAGGCUCUGCAGGAGUACCAGGAGGCCGAGCGCAAAAUCUCUCACCUGGAAAAGGAGGACCUUCCUGCCCAGCGACACCUGUGGGAGCACCUGAACAAAAUCCGCAGCGAGCUCUCCCACAUUCACCAGGCUCUGGAGCGCACGGCUGGCCAGAGCGACGGACCUCUUGACCUGUCGGUGAAGAGGGAGUCGACGGACUCACCUGGUGAGCAAAUUAUGAAAGAGGACCGCAGCCUUAAAGCCAGCCCCUCGGAGACAGAAGAGGAGGACGAGGAAGUGGAGGAGAAGAAGGAGGAGAAAGAGGAGGAGGACGAGAGCGAGAGGAAGCCGAUGAGGGCAUCUCUGGAGAAGCGCAAGCAGUCGUUGGACAUGCUGAUCAAGAUGAGUCAGGUGUCGGUCGUGAACACCGAAGUCCUGCAUCCGGGUGGUCUCGGCCUGAGGUCAGCAGAGGCCUUGUGGCCGAGCCGUACCACGAAGUGUGAAGCAGACUCCAGCGUCCUGCUCUGCCCUGAUGGCCGAUCAGUCAUGUUUACAGACAUCGCCUCCUCCCUCAAACCUCCAAAGAGACCUUCAUCCAUUCAGCGACUGGAAGCCCAGUGUCCCCCAAGUCCUCUGACCCCCCCCGACAGCUAAACAUGCACAUUAGAAGACGACGAGAAUGAAAAUGUGAAGGUGGUGUGGUUGUGGUACGUUCAUCUACUGAACCCACUGGUUGCUGCAUUCGGUCCAUUAAGAAUCAUGCUGGGAGACAAUCUUGUAAAUAAAUGUGUAAAAUAAUGUAAAUCCAAUAAAUGUAAUUAGUGGAAAAUGUUUUAAAGGGAAAUGCUGUUUAUAUAAUGUUCUGUUUGACUGCUUCACUUAAUCUGAUGCAUAGAAAAUGUAUUAAACACCAUAAACCAAGAGAGUUUAUUCUUUUAAUCCAGCUGAGACAAAAUUAAAAAUCUGGUUUAUCAAUAAAACAAUACUGUCCAGACAUGAAGGCACAUAUAUACUGCAGGAAGAAACAAUAAACCUUCUUCACACGGUUUUUACCACCAAGGAAGAUAAACAUCUAAAGUGGCAGCACACCUCCAACUGCCACAAACUGCAAUAAAGGUGAAGCAGCUCCUAAAGCCAAACUGCCCUCAAAGCGGUUACCUGUGCUUCUACUCCUGAAGGUCAGAGACCCCCUGCUGAAAAGGUCAGGAAAGGCUGGGGGCCCCUGAUAAAGCAAACCUAAAGCUUUCUGACUGCUCUGAGGAGAAGAGGGGGGUCCUUCCCCACCAUCACCCCCAGAUCACAGAGGCAAAGGUCAGCUGCCAGGACCAGCUGAGCCACUGGUGGAUGUUCAACCUGAAGAGGUCACAGAGGUCACUUUAAACAUCAGGUAGAUCAAAUACUUUGAAGUAUUCAUAACCCGUCAUCACAUUACUGUAUUACGUCCUAUGUGAUCAACACAAAGUAGUGCAUAAUUGUAAAGCGGAAAGAAUUUAAUAUGUUGCUUUGAAAUGUUUCACUAAUAAAAUCUGAAAAGUGUGGCAUGCAUUUAUAUCCAUUUUCAUAGUAUCUCUGGCUGAACAUUCAGGGUCAUUGUCCAGCUGGAAGGUGAACCUUCACCCCAGUCUCAAGCCCUCUCCAGCACGGUUGUCCUGUAUUUAGCUCCAUCCAUCUUCCCCUCCGGCCAGCUUUCCUGUCCCAUCCCCACAGCAUGAUGCUGCCACCACCACCAUGCAGGCAAAGUUCAGUUCUGGUCUAAUCGGAGCACCUUCUCUCACACGUUUGCUUGGUCCCCUACUCAGCUAAUAACAGACUGCAAACAAGACCUCUAACGGCUUUCUUCUUGCUUCUCUUCCAUGAACGCCAGUUUGUGAAGUGCACAACUGACAGUUGACGUGUCCAUAAUCUUCCACCUGGCCUGUGGUUCUGUGCAGCUCCUUCAGAGUUACCAUGGGCCUCUUGGCUGCUUCUCUAACUGUCAGUUAGGUGGACGUCCACGUCUGGGUCCUGGUUUGAGAAAACCACGCUGGGAGGAAGGAAUCUACAUUUUUGAAAUAUUUCAGCUAAACAGAAUUUGUCUCUGCUCCUUCAGAACCAGCCUGGUUCUUCUUGCUGUUUCUGGUGAAAAUGUCAGACCUGCACCUCUUCAGCAAACAUUCAUAAGCCUUUCUUGCACGCUAGUUGACAUAAGCAGCAAUGAUGUGAUCAUUUUUGGGUCUGCUUCAGUGUCCACUUCUGCUUUUUAGAGACAGCUCAGAGCUCCAAAUAAUGUUUGCUGCUUCUUCUGUACUUGUGUAGAUCUCUCAGCUUCGUUAAAGCUCAGAACCUAAGCUGACGGCUCCCUCAUGUGGACAAAAACAAGAUAAGGCUUUGCUGCAACGCUGUUGAUUUCACAAACUCAUCGCUCAGAAGGAGGAACUUUGAAACAAUCCAACUGCAGAUACAUGUUACUGAGAGGUGUGAAUGAUUGAAGAAGUGCACUACACUUCAUGAAAAGAGGAUGCAACAUAUUUUCAGAAUUAGCAACAGUCUAUAAAGAUGAUGAGUAGACUACAAUGGGUAGAUGUGCAUUGGACACGAUGAGAAGGGUAUGUUCUAAUAUUUCGAUAUUUACGUCGUUUAACUUUCAUAAUUCAGGAGAAAAAUGCUAUUUUUGCACGUUUGGAUGUUGUUUUCUGCUGUAAUAAUAUGUGGUAGUUCAAAUAAAAAGCAUUUAUUGUUGAA